AUGAAUGAGAUUUGCGAAGACAAACAACCACAGCUGCUCUGUCUUCAAACUAUUCUAGUCAGACACGGCGAGGGCCCAUGCCAUCGUCUAUCACCUAAAGAAAAGGCUCUUUGUCCAAAAACAUGUCAGACUUGCAAUGGACCUGGUUGCCAGCCAACUCUAAGUUUACCGAUUUAUCUGGACCAUCGUCUAUGUCUUACAUGA